AUGUGGAUGCUGACCCCCCCCCCGCGUGAGCAAACAGUGCAAGAAGGCCUCUUCCUCUACAACCACAAUGUCUCGCCGUACGACGGCGGCGUCUACCACCAGGCGCCCCUCUUCCUGCCGCUCUUCUCCCUGCUGCCCAGCUACACCAGCUGGCCCAUCUUCACCAACCUGCUCUUCGUGGCCGUCGACAUCCUGAGCGCCGACGCCCUCGUCAAGAUCGCCGACUCGUGCGAGGCCGGCUCCUCGGCCCUCUUCAAGUCGCCCCGGCGCGACAAGCGGUGGAGCGGAUACGUCGUGGCUGCAGUAUACCUCUUCAGCCCCUUCACCGUGGCGACCUGCAUCGGCCGCUCGACCAGCGUCUUCACCAACUGCGCCAUCCUCCACGCCAUCGCCAAGGCCAUCGCCGGCGCGCCCCUCGGCGCCAUGGUCGCCCUCUCCUUCGCCGCCUACCUCUCCAUGUACCCGCUGCUGCUCCUCCCGGCCCUCGUCCUCCUCGCCUACGACCGGCAGCCGGCCCCGCCGUCCCCGCACCACGUCUCCUCGGGCCUGCGCUUCGCCGCGCUGCACGCGGCCGCCGUGGCCGCCUGCCUGGCGGUGCUCUUGGGCAUGUCGUACCUCGUGACGGGCGGGUCCUGGGAGUUCCUGCCCUCGACCUACGGCACGCAGCUCACGCUGUCGGACCUGACGCCCAACGCCGGGCUCUGGUGGUACUUCUUCAUCGAGAUGUUCGACUCGUUCCGGUCCUUCUUCCUCGCCGUCUUCUGGCUGCACCUGGCCUCGUACGUGGGCGGGCUCUGCGUGCGCGCGCGCGCGCAGCCGCUGGCCGCCCUGGCGCUGCUGGCCGGCAUCUUCGCCAUCUUCAAGCCCUACCCCAGCAUCGCCGACACGGCCCUCUUCCUGGCCCUCGUGCCGCUCUUCCGGCACGUCUUCCCGCUCAUGCGCUACACCUUUGUCGUCGCGGCCGCCAUCGCCUACGCCGCCUUCCUCGGCCCGGCGUUCUACCACCUCUGGAUCUACGCGGGCAGCGGCAACGCCAACUUCUUCUACGCCAUCACGCUCGUCUGGAGCCUGGGCCAGAGCCUGCUGGUGUCGGACCUGACGUUUGCGAUUCUGCGCGACGAGUGGGAGGUCGACCGGCCCGAGAUGGUCAACAAGGAGAUCCGGCAGAUUUGA